AUGUUCAAAAAGAAGCCUACAAUCAAAAAUUUGGCACCUCUACGGUCAUCUGAUCGGAGGAAGAUCGCGGAUCAGAUCAUCAAGGAAUACCAGAUCUCCAUCCCCUCGGCUUCGGCCGAAGAUUCAACCUCUACCUCACCGAACCUGACAUCGAUCCGAAAUGCGCUUCUCCCCGAUAAUUCGCUAACCGCGCGAUUCACAACAACCGCCGGACCAGACCUUCGAGAGCUCACAGGCAUCGUAUAUGUCGGCGCGCAUCCCGACGGCGAAGAGCGCGUGCUAUGGUUCAAGCUGGAGCAUGGCCCGGGUGCCGACAAGCGGCUUUACCCUACUGUCUACACACUAUGGAACAACCCAAAUCUCGUUCCGUUGCUCUACACUCCAGGAUUUGUGAUGGGGAAGCUUCAUGGUGGGGCUGACCUUAUGACGCCUGGUCUUGCAAACGAGCCACCAUUCCCCGCAAGGGCUGUCAAGGGUUCUGUUGUUGCGGUCGCGAGCGUGGAUACAUACACCGUGCCUCGUUUUGUUGGAAUUUGUGAAAUCGAUGUUUCGGCGCUCGGGGAGGUACAAGGUGCAAAGGGGUCCGCUGUUCGUGGAUUGCAUUGGGAGGGUGAUGAGCUUUGGGCAUGGAGCUCUUCAUCACGGCCGGGCCGACCAGGUCCAGAAUACCUGGAGGGCUGGGACGAGGAUGAUCUUGAAGAGCUUGAGGAGGGCGUUGAAGCGUUGACAGUUGAGGAAAAUGGAGGCGCGCAGGAGACCCAGGAGACAUUAAGGGACGAACCCGUUUCGGCAGAGGAGGCCGAGGCUGAAGAGCCAGAGCCAACGACAAAGGAAAUUGAUGAUGCCUUCGUCAAUGCCUUUGUUUACGCUCUCUACAAGCUCAAACAGGACAAUCCCUCCGCCAACAACCAUGGCCUGUCAUUGCCAAUCUCACCCUCGGCUUUAAUAGCUAACCUCACGACCCCUUACCUGCCUAUCUAUACUGCUCAACAGGCUCAAUUCUAUAACAUCAAAAAGACAAGCUGGAAAAAUGUCAAAAAGUUCAUCAAGCAUCUGGACAAAACAAAGCUCGUCAAAUCCAAGGAUCGCAAUGGCCAGGAAACCGUGAUCCUUGAUGUCGACUUUGGUGAUCAUCGCGUCGAGCGUUUCGUUCCAUACAGAUUACCCUCGAAGAAUGCUCUCGAAAACAGCAAGCCCUCCGCAUCAGAGGGGAAGAAAUUAGCUCCUACCGACGGCGGUGAUCCCUCAGUGGGACAGACGAUCAGCGUACAAAAUCUCUACCGGCCGUCGGGAAAAUUGAUCCCAAAUAUCUUUCCCGCGCUUUCCGCGAGCAAUUCAUCCAAUUUCUACAAGUACUCCGACAUCUCCACCCAUUUGGAUCAAUAUCUGCAAUCGCAAGAUCCUCCAAUCGUCUCUCGGGAAAACCGACGCAUCAUCACCAUCAAUCCUUUCCUUGCCAAUACCAUCUUCACCUCAGACUCCACCGAAGAUAAAGGAACACUUGCACGUGGCAAGAUCACCCGCGAUGGUCUUCUGAAGCGCAUUGCCGAAGAUAGAACUCUCGUCCAACCGCAUUACCUGAUUUUGAAGAACGACCAAACCAUUGCAGAUGUCAAGCCAAAAGCAGGCACUGCUCCGAAGGUCACCGUCACUCUCGAGAAGCGUACAGGCUCGAAGACCGUUACAAAGGUUAUGAACUUGGAGAUUUUUGGUAUGAUCCCUACACUUCUAUCACAAGAACUUCAGAAGAAGUGUGCAGGCAGCACUAGUGUGACACAGGCUACCGGUGCACCCAAGGGUGUUAUGGAAGUACUGGUUCAAGGUGAUCAGCGAAAGGCGAUUGAAACAGCACUUGGACGCCGUGGGCUCAAGAGCCAGUGGAUAGCAGUGGUGGACAAGACUAAGAAAAAGAAGAACUGA